UUUAGUUUAGUUAAAAAAAAAACUUAACACAAUUAGCGUCAGGGUCCUAUAUCGGCUUCUUCGAGGUUAGAUUUAUCCAGAAUAAAUAGAAUAAAUCCACAUGGCUUCCUCCAGUGGAAAAUCCAUCUCCAAUUCUUCAGCUUUAUCUCCGCAACAACAGAAAUCGGGGUCCGAUCAUCAAAGAAAACGGAGGAGGAUGGAAUCGAACCGGGAAUCAGCGAGGAGAUCGAGGAUGAGAAAACAAAAACACUUGGAUGAUUUAGUGGCUCAAAUAACAGAGCUGAAAAGUGAUAAUAACCAAAUCCAGAGCAGCAUCGGCUCCACCACUCAGCGCUACGUGAACGUGGAGACCCAGAACACGGUCUUGAGGGCUCAGAUGAUGGAGCUGAGUCAAAGACUCGAGUCCCUAAACGAGAUCCUCGACCAUAUCAACAGCCCCACUGUAUGCAAUGGGGUAUAUGAAGCAGAGGCCAUUGAAUUCAGCCCUUUCAACUUACCUUGUCUUAACCAACAAGGAUGUUUUUACUUUGGUUAAGAAUUACUACUUAUAUUAUAUUAUUAUCAAUAAUUAGAUGCCAUUUACCU